AUGUUAUUACUCAUUACGGCAAUUUUCAUAAGAUUUGCAGUCACACAAAAACGACCUCAACCACAACGGCAACCAACUCGACAACAACAACCUCAACCACAACGGCAACCAACUCGACAACAACAACCUCAACCACAACGGCAACCAACUCGACAACAACAACCUCAACCACAACCGCAACCAACUCGACAGCAACAACCUCAACCUCAACCACAACCAACUCGACCACCACCACAACCAACUCGACCACCACCACAACCACAACCAACUCAACAGCAACCAACUCGACCACCACAACAACAACCAACUCGACAACCGACUCGACCUCCACAGACCCAACCAUCAAUUCCGCCUCGGUCAAAUUCAAUUCCACCUCAACUACCUCGGUCAAAUUCUCAACCGCCUCGAUCAAAUCCAAUUCCGCGGUCAAAUUCAAUUCCACCUCAACUACCUCGGACAAAUUCAAUUCAACCUAAACUACCUCGGUCAAAUUCAAUUCCACCUCAACUACCUCGGACAAAUUCAAUUGCACCUAAACUACCUCGGUCAAAUGCUCAACCGCCUCGGUCAAAUUCAAUUCAUCCUGGUCCGCGAACUACAUAUGUCCCUCCAGUUCUCAAACCUUUGAAUUCUCCAAAACCUUCGAAUUCUGCGCAAAAAAUUCCUAUUACCAAACAUUAUACAUCUACUACUGAUGUUUGUUCAAAUAAUCCAUACUGUAAAACUGACACCAAACAAGAUAGUGGUAAAACUGUAACUUCAGAAGAUCAUGACUAUCAUAUCACGACUAUCAUACCACACAAUUACGAUAGCAACACAAUAACUGCAUUCGUAACUACAGUAGUCACAGUAACGGUUACAGUAUAUUGUCCAGGAUAUACAACUACUGUUACUGAGUUCAAUAAUGGUGAAUUAACAACCUAUGAUACUUACUAUCCACCAAGUACUUUAAUUGUCUUGCAAACUGUCACUUCUGUUGCACCCGCAGACUUUGUGUUUGAAGAGAGUAAAGCAAGAAGAUUAAGUCAUUAUGGUUUGUUUAAUCGGAAUAAUGAUGGUUUA